AUGGCAGGACGGGAGUUCGCCCAUGUUCAGCCGGACAAUGCCGAAGUCGAGCGCUCUGUGCUCUCACAAGAGGUGGAGGCGCUGCGGAACCGACUUGGUCUUCGUCAAGUAGAUGUGUCGAAAGAGUGCGGCGUGAAUGCCAGUAUGUUGUCGCAGUGGAUGCUGGGCAGGUACAAGGGCAACGUGGGGCGAAUCAACGGACUGAUGGAGUCAUGGCUGAUUCGGCGGCGUGGAGGCAAACCUAUGGACAAGGGUAUGAUAUUGUUUAACUCGACGGUCAGCUCGCCCAAGCUGAAGCGAAGACUGGAAGAGAUGCACGAUCCGUUGCAAGCUGCGCGGAGGAAAGACGGUAUGAUCCUCGCCCAACGGAAGCCUUACAGCUAUCCCAAAUUCCCGACUCGUGAGACGUUGCUUAUCCCCAUCAGACUCGAUAUCGAUAUCGAGGGCUACCGUUACAUUGAUUCGUUUUCAUGGAAUCUUUACGAAAAGGAUUUUACAUACGAGACGUUUGCUGCAGCACUUGUACGAGACUUGGAUCUGCCUGAUUGCUUUUACAAGCGCAUAGCCAAGUCGAUUCAGGAUCAGGUUGAGAAAGCGCAGAGGUUGUUUCCGUGGCACGAAGCCGUUGCUAGCGAGAGUUUGCACCCCAUAUAUAUCAAUCUGAGGCUGAACGAUACUAUUUAUAUCGAUCGGUUUGAGUGGGACCUCAAUGAUCCGAAUAAUUCGCCCGAGCAAUUUGCACGGAUUGUGUGCGAGGACUUGGGCUUGCAUGGCGAGUUUGAAGCUCAGGUGGCAUUGAUCAUCCGCGAGCAGCUUCGCGACUACUCUAGACUCAUUCGGGAAGGCUUGAAAAGUCGAGUUUCCAAGCUACCACCUGUCUCAGCAGCGUUCCGCGAUCGACUGGAAACAAAAGUGUGGGGUCCUUCUGUGAAGUUCAUCUUGGCAGACGACAUUCCACAGCUUGAGCGAGAGGACUUCAAGCGGAUGAGGCCUUUGUCGCGCCCAACGAUGCACGUGACUCUGCCCCCACCGGUCUCCACGAGGCCUAACCGACCGCCUAAACCGGUGAACACAUUCCUAAUGUUCUGCAGACAAAAUCGCAAGAAGAUAAUGGCUGAUUAUCCGAGCUCUAGCGCUAAGGAUGCGUCGAAGAUUCUUGGAGAUAUGUGGCAAAAGCUAUCUGAAAAGGAACGAGCGAGCUACAUUCCAAUGACGGAGGCAGAAAACCAGCGGCGAAUGAAUGAAUGGCGGAUGAAAGAGAAUGCUCUGAACGGUAUUCACACUACACUGACUGCUGGCGUCGCCAGUGCACUACCGUCGGGAUCCACAACGCGCGUCUCCCCUGCAGUGCCAGGGACCCCGGUACGACUUGCUCCUCGAGUCACUUCCAGUGUCGCUUCGUCGAUGGACGAAGGAGAUGACGUUGAGAACGAGGACGAAGACGAGGAGGAGGACGACGACGAUGACGACGACGACGACAGCGCUUCGUUUCGUGUGGACAGCGUCUAA